CCUGGCCGACGCUGCCCCUCGGCGGGGUAUAAAUCGGGGCGUCUCCGCCGAGCCGGCACCCAGGCUCUCCUCCGCAGCCCCCCCCGCCGCCGGUGCUGGUCUGGUCCGUGCCGCCCUCCGAAGAUGUGCGACGACGAGGAGACCACCGCGCUGGUGUGCGACAACGGCUCGGGGCUGGUCAAGGCGGGCUUUGCCGGAGACGAUGCCCCCAGGGCCGUUUUCCCGUCCAUCGUCGGCCGCCCGAGGCACCAGGGUGUUAUGGUUGGUAUGGGUCAAAAAGAUUCCUAUGUGGGUGAUGAAGCUCAGAGCAAAAGAGGUAUCCUUACUUUGAAAUAUCCCAUUGAACAUGGCAUCAUCACCAACUGGGAUGAUAUGGAAAAGAUCUGGCACCACACUUUCUACAAUGAACUCCGUGUGGCCCCUGAGGAACACCCUACCUUGCUCACAGAAGCCCCCUUGAACCCUAAAGCUAAUCGUGAAAAGAUGACCCAGAUAAUGUUUGAGACCUUCAACGUACCUGCUAUGUAUGUGGCGAUCCAGGCUGUCCUGUCCUUGUAUGCUUCUGGCCGUACAACAGGUAUCGUUCUUGACUCUGGCGAUGGCGUCACCCACAAUGUACCUAUUUAUGAAGGUUAUGCUUUGCCUCAUGCCAUCAUGCGUCUAGAUCUGGCUGGCAGGGAUCUGACUGACUACCUCAUGAAGAUCCUCACCGAGCGUGGCUAUUCCUUUGUGACAACAGCUGAACGUGAGAUUGUUCGUGAUAUCAAAGAGAAAUUGUGCUAUGUUGCACUGGACUUUGAGAAUGAAAUGGCCACUGCUGCCUCUUCCUCCUCUCUGGAAAAGAGCUAUGAAUUGCCUGACGGUCAAGUGAUCACAAUCGGUAACGAACGUUUCCGCUGCCCUGAAACCUUAUUCCAGCCGUCCUUUAUUGGUAUGGAAUCUGCUGGUAUUCACGAAACUACCUACAACAGUAUCAUGAAGUGUGAUAUUGAUAUUCGUAAGGACCUGUAUGCUAACAACGUCCUCUCAGGUGGUACAACGAUGUACCCUGGCAUUGCUGAUCGCAUGCAGAAAGAAAUCACUGCACUUGCUCCUAGCACUAUGAAGAUCAAGAUCAUUGCCCCACCUGAGCGCAAGUACUCUGUCUGGAUUGGUGGCUCCAUUCUAGCGUCUCUGUCCACCUUCCAGCAAAUGUGGAUCAGUAAACAGGAGUAUGAUGAAGCUGGUCCAUCCAUUGUCCACCGCAAGUGCUUCUGAGCACUUUUUCCCUCAAUUUACUUCCCACUCAGGAUGACGACAAUAUGCUUCUUGGAGUCUUCUGGCAACCCUUCCUGAACUCUUCAGUCAUUGUACAGUUUGUUUACACACCCGUGCAAUUUAUUUGUGCUUCUAAUAUUUAUUGCUUUAUAAAUAAACAAGAUCUGGGACUUGCAACCUACAAA